AUGAGCGCCGUUCCAUCGCAUCUACACCGUCUCUUUCUCUUUCUCGUCCUCUUUUUCCCAACUCUCAUCUCCGCCUCUGUUCUCGCCAUUGACUAUGGCUCCGACUUUACAAAAGUUUCGCUCAUGAAGCCUGGCGUCCCCUUUGAUGUCGUGCUCAACCGCGACUCUAAGCGCAAAAUCGCAAGUUCAGUAGCGUGGAAAGGAGAAGAAAGACUAUUUGGUGCCGACGCCGUCAACAUUGCUCCCCGCUUCCCGUCCGCCUCGUUUGGUUCGCUCAAGCUCCUCCAAGGAGCACAGUACUCGUCUGCACCCUCGCAAUUUCAUGCACUACUCUAUCCUUAUUUAAAGGUCUCAGAGGUCCCCGCGCGGGGUACCCAUUCGUUUGUGCGUAAAGAGGGAGAAGAGUGGACGAACGAAGAGCUCGUCGCCAUGCAGUUUGGAUACGUCAAAGAUCUCGCGGAGAGUGUCGCGGGUGAACGAGUACGCGAUGCUGUUGUUACCGUGCCCGCUUGGUAUUCACAAUACGAACGACAAGCUGUCCUUGAUUCACUGGCUCUCGCUGGACUACGUGGCUUAUCGCUCGUCAAUGAUGGAACAGCUAUCGCUGUCAACUUUGCCAUGUCGAGAACAUUCCCCAAUCUGGAACAUCACAUUAUCUACGACGCUGGAGCAGCGUCGCUUCGUGCAACACUCGUCUCCUUCCACACUGUUACCGAGCCCAUCAGCCCGAAAUCCAAAAAGACCGCAGACGUGACGUAUGUCUCCGUCAAAGGAUAUGGCUACGACCGCGUGGCGACCGGAAGUGAAAUGGAUUACCGACUGCGCGAGCUCCUCCGAGGAAAGUUUGAGGCUGCCCACAUGAAGGGCAAGAGCCUCAAGUCGGAACACCGCGCGAUUGCCAAACUAUGGAAGGAGGCGAGCCGCGUCAAGACCAUCCUGAGCGCGAAUACGGAGAGCCGGGUCUCUAUUGAAUCAUUCCACAACGAUAUUGACUUCCGCACUUCGGUGGCUCGCACAGAGUUUGAAGAGGCAUGCGCAGACUUGAACCCCAGGUUUACUCAGCCCAUCAUCGACGCACUGGAACAAGCAGACAUUUCAAUCAAAGAUGUGUCUUCCAUUAUCCUCGCUGGCGGUGUCUCGCGGGUACCCAUGGUCCAAUCGGCGAUCAAAUUCACCUUUGGAGAGAACAAGAUUGCACACAAUGUCAACGCGGAUGAAGCGGCCGUUCUGGGCGCAGCAUUCUAUGGCGCCUCGCUCAGCAAGCAGUUCAAAACCAAAGACAUUCGUGUCGAAGACCGCGCCCUCAACUAUCUGGAUGUCAUGGUUUCAUAUGUCGCCGAGUCAAAGACUGGUGGACAACGCACAAUCCAGACUUCCAUCUUGCCUGCAAAGACGGUGUAUGGUGCUAAGAAGACGAUGACCUUUAAGCGUAACCACGAUUUCAAUAUCACGAUCAGCUACAAGGAUGCCGAUAAUCUCGAUAUUCCUCCACACAUCCUAGAGGCCGAAAUCAUUGGUGUCGCCGACGCUGUAGCCAACCUCACUUCGCGUGGAGCUGUCGACCCGCUCGUCAAAGUCUCCGUUGGAAUGUCUGACUCGGGCAUGAUUACGCUCCACGACGCCUUUGUAUAUGGAGAAGUCAAAGAAGAAACCGUUGUUGGCAAGCUCAAGAACCUGUUUGGUGGAUCUUCCUCUUCGUCGUCCUCGGCUUCAGACCACGGCGAAACGGCCACCGUCUCGGAACCCUCAUCCUCUUCGACAGCCUCCAGUGAGGAACCAACAACGACAGAAGUCAAGUCGACUCCCAGUCAAGUUCCACUCGAAAUCGCCACAACCUAUCUCUCCAUCAUUCCGUACACCGCUGACGAGAUUAGCGAGGCGCGCAAGAGGUUGAUCGCGGUAGACACCGCAGAAAGGUUGAGACACAAGAAAGAAGAGGCGCGCAAUAUGCUCGAGGGUUAUCUCUACCGUCUACGAGACCUACUCGAGGGCGAGGAGACGAGUCCAUUCAUGCUCUUCUCGAAACCCGACGAGAGGAAGAAGCUCGAGGAGAAGAUGUGGGACAACUUCCGCUGGAUCAACGAAGAGGCCGAGUCGGCAGAUAUCAAGGAGCUCUGGAGUCGACGAGACGAUAUGGAGGCUAUUGAGAAGCCGAUUCAAUUCCGCUACGAGGAAGAUACAGCAGCACCUAGGGAACUCGAGAAUCUGCAACAAGCACUCCACGCCGGACAGGCAUUCUUGCAGAGCGCACAUCAAAACUAUACGAUGGAGGACCAAGAAGGCAUGUCGCAUCGUUUCACGCUCGAAGAGCUCGAGGAUGUCAAGAACCGACUCAAGGAGACGGCGGACUGGCUCGAGAGUGGAAUCACGGAGCAAAAGAAGCUUGCAAAGAACGAUGAUCCUGUGCUCAUUUCUGCGGAGAUGAAGGCGAGAGGGGUGACAUUGCAGAACCAUGUGCUCAAGAUGAGCAAACGCAAGUUCCCCAAGCCACCGGUGAAGAAGGACAAGCCAAAGGAAGAAAAGGAAGGCGAGAAAGAAAAGGGCGAGCCGAAGGAGGAGCCAAAGAUCACACAUCAGGAUCUUUAG